AGCGAUGGCUUCGCCUUGAAAGCAACUGUAUCUGCAAUCCUGUAUGUUCCAUGUUUGACUUGGUGCCUUCGAUUGACAUCCGUUCUGUAGUUUGAUUCAGCUGGGCCAAUUUGUCUGCAUAAUAUUAACAUUGCGGGCAAUGACUGUCAGCGCCUAUAGUGAUCCAUCUCGACUCAAUAUCCUUCCUCUAGCGGCAGACCUUGUCAUCAUGUUGAGUGGCUUUACGGUAUUCAUCGUUCAUUCAUUUUACGCAUUUCGACUUUGGAAGUUGACUAGAAGCCUUUUCUUACCUGUUCUUUGCGGAAUGCUCUCCGUAGUCGCACAGAUCUCCAUGCUCAUUAUCUCAGUAAGGGCGAUUUCUAUGACGGACAUCAUGACGUUUAUAGACAGUCAAAUUGUGCUGAUUGCGCUGUCUUGGAUUGCACGUGCGGCCUGUGACUCCAUCACCACCGUCGGCGUCACCUGGAGUCUGCAAAAGGGACGAGUCUCUAGUUUUAGAGACACGGUGACAACGGUCGACCGUUUGAUUCAUUGGACACUUGAGACUGCUCUGGUCACCAGUUUGACGACCAUAACCGUGAUAAUCUUGUUUACAGUCGUGAAACAAAACUUUGUGUGGUUUGGAAUAUGGUUGUUGUGGCCUAAUGUCGUAGGGAACUCCUUGUUAGCCUCGUUGAAUCGGCGGCUACUCCUUCGAGAGAAUCGGAAAUCCUCAAGAUGUGAUGCCCAGAGUCGCGGUGGUGGUUUGCCGGAGAUAUACAAUCAGACAGAAACUUGCUGGAAAACUUGAAGAACCGAGACGUUCAAGUUCAAGUGUUCCAAGAAACAGAACGCUCAAUCAAUCAGGAACAAAACCGAGUUUCGAAGCCUGCAGUAGUUCAUAUACGAGCAUGUGUUUCAACAGACGGUGAAGCUAAUCGUUAAUUAUGGAACGAGUGUACGAUGAGACGGUGUAUCAGUAGGGUACUUUAGGCAUGAACAAUUGAACCGAGGACCUUCUGUGUGUUAGACAGAUGCCGAUAACCAACUA